CGCAGCCCACGGCGGCAGGAUGGGGCUGUCGAGGCGGGCUGCCUGGAGCGCGGGGUUGCUGCUGCUGGCGGCCGUCUUGGCGGUGGGCGCGGGACUGCUGCUGCUGCUCUUCCGCGACCGCCACAGGUGCGACCCUCCCCGCUAUCGGCAUGCGGCUGUGGCCGCCGACACCCUCAGAUGCUCGGAAGUCGGCAGGGACAUCUUAAAACAUGGCGGCUCAGCCGUAGAUGCAGCUAUUGCGGCCCUGGUCUGCACAUCAGUCCUGAAUCCACAGAGCAUGGGCCUGGGUGGAGGCGUUAUUUUCACCAUCUAUGAUGCACCAACAGGAAAAAUUGAGGUGCUCAAUGCUCGUGAAAGGGCUCCCCAAAACAUCACUGAAGGCUUGCUGAAAAAGUGUGGAGGCACUUUACUUCCAGGGCCUCAAUGGAUUGCUGUUCCUGGGGAACUUCGUGGUUAUAAAGAAGCUCACCAACGCUAUGGCAGAUUGCCAUGGAAGGACCUUUUUGAACCCACCAUCCAGAUGCUUGGCCUUGGGAUCCGGGUAUCAGAUGUUUUGAGCCUGUUUCUAAAAUUCCUAGAGUCGCAUUUGAAGAAUUCAUCCUCAUGCCACCUGCUUUGCAAUGACCAAGGAGCCGUCCUGAGCAAAGGAGAGGCCUUGCACUGGGCAGCCCUGGAGGAGACCCUAAAAGCCGUGGCAGAAAACGGGGCUGAAGAAUUCUACUCUGGGAGGACGGCAGAAAAGUUAGUGCAAGAUGUCAGAGCUGAAGGUGGCACCUUGACAUUGGAGGACCUCAAGAAUUAUCGUGUUGAACUGAUGAAACCAGUGAAUAUGUCACUGGACAAAUAUACUAUAUUCUCAGCCCCAAGGCCAGCAGCUGGAGCAGUCCUUUUCUUCAUUCUCAAUGUCCUAAAAGGGUUCAAUUUCACCAAAGUGGAUCUGGAAGAACCAAACAGAAGAACAAGGGUCUAUCACUACAUUGCAGAGACCUUGAAGUUUGCCAAUGGCCAAAGAGCAAAAUUAGAUGACCCUACAUUUUCUAAAAUAAAUGAGGAGGUUCUCCAUGAGAUGAUAUCAGAUGCCUUUGCUGACCACAUCAGGCAGUUGAUCGACGACCGGGGAGACCACCCAACCAGCCACUAUGACCCAGCCCAGCUGAAAGUGGCUCCUUUUGGCACCUCCCACGUGGCCGUUUUGGCAGAAGACGGGAGUGCUGUUUCUGCCACCAGCACCAUCAACCACCCGAGAGAUGCCUCCCUCGGCCAUGACUCCGUCCAUUCUUCUUUCUAAAGAUGGGAGGUCCAAGCUAAUAAUUGGAGGCUCAGGAGGGCCCCUCAUUAUCCCUGCUGUAGCCCAGGCCAUCGUCAAUAAGUUGUGGUUUGGGUACGAUCUGGAUCAAGCCAUUGGAGCGCCCAUCCUCUCUGCCACCAGAGAUGGCUCCAUUCAAGUGGAGAAGCACUUUCCACAGAAUCUCACAAGGGCUUUGAUCUCCAUGGGGCACUCAGUCCAUCCUGCAGAGCAUGACAUGAAUGUGGUGCAGGGCAUCUCCCAGGAGGGUUUCUGCAUCUUCCCUUAUUCUGAUCGGAGGAAGCAGGGAGAAGCCUCCGGCUACUAGAAGCCGGGAGAAGCUCUGCUAAACUCUGCAGCAACCUGCUCUCCUUCUCGGUCAGGCCUCCGCAGAGGCUGCUGCAAGGAACUUUGGAUGCAUUCCUAUGCAAACCACACACACACACACACACACACACA